AACUUGUAAGCUUAAAGCACAUCUAGCAUCCAUUAAUUGGUGCAAAAGUAGCUAGAUGUGUUUUUUGGUUGAUUUUCUUCCAAUUCUUGCAUGGGCCCCUAUGAAAGAGAUAUGGAAUUCAUUGAUUUCCAUUUGCAGAGGCUUUUCAUACUUUUGUGCCAAUCUUCAUACUUUAGUUACAUCUUAUCCUGGCGUGGAAAUAGGGGGAACAAAGUUGACCUGAAGUCAAGGUCGUCGUUUAAGUCUUUCUGCUGUUAUCCUCUGCCUCUAAUAUAAUUUUAUCUUUUCCGUUAGUUGUCUGAGAGAAGGAAAAAGCUGCUGCUGUUAUGGCUCUGCCCUUUAAUCCUGCUUGUUUCUUCUCCUUUUUCCUUCCCUUAAUGGCCGCCUUUUACUUUGGUCAUGGAGAGGCUGAGUUCCAAUCUAAUUGUACCAAGGAAUUCUCCUGUGGAAAUUUGGGUUUUGUGGGGUUCCCUUUUACUAAACACACACAGACUCGCUGUGGUUUAGUGGCAGUUAAUUGUGAUACUACACCCCCAACUCUCCAGCUGGGCACGGGAUCCGGAGGAGAUUGGUAUCCCCUUCUGCGUUUACUGAAGCCUUCUGGGGAUUACUAUAUGAUCAACCUUGGAGACUCGAAGCUUCAGAAACCUUUUGAGAGCCAUAAUUACUCAAAUUUAAACUACACUCUCCACUUUCAGAAUUCUCCUUCUGUCACAUUCCUCAAUAUGGAUGCAAGCUUAUUGAACACCUAUUUUACAUGCAAUGACAGUCAAGCUGAUGAUAUAGGCAAUUAUGAAAGGUAUAACUGUACUGAAGGAUGUAGCUUGUACUACAAACGUCACUUGCCAGAGAAUAAUCCAAAAUGUGAUGCUGUUAACUGUACCCUGUAUCCAUCUCCAUUUAUUAUUCAACAAACAAAUGAUGGCUUGACUGCUCAUCUUGUAUUGUACAUGGAAGUCGCAAAAACUUGCCAGGAGUGUUACCAAGGAGGAGGGCAAUGCACAGAAGACAGCAAGAAUGAAUUUCACUGUGCACGAGGGAACAUCACCACAGGGAACAUCACCACAGGGAACAUCACCACAUGGAACACCCCGACAGGAAAUACAAGCAUGCACAAGCUAAUUCCAAUCAUAGUUUCAGGCGCUUUAGCACUGAUAGUUGUAAGUAUGGCAAUCGUUCUUUUCUGGCAACGCAAGCAAGGAAGAAAAGGCUACUCGAGAAAUACAUCUUCAGAUCCCACCUCAGACCUUGAGAGGGGCCGCAGUAGGCUCUUUGGAAUUCUAGUCUUCUCCUACUCCGAACUUGAAGAAGCCACAACCAAUUUUCAUCCUUCUAAGGAACUUGGAGAUGGAGCUUUUGGCACUGUUUACUAUGGGAUACUUGGGGAUGGAAGAGAAGUUGCUGUGAAGCGCCUUCAUGAGCGCACCUGCAAGAGAAUGGAGCAGUUUGCAAAUGAAAUCUCAAUCCUCACCAAGUUAAAGCACCCAAAUCUGGUUACAUUAUAUGGAUGCUCAUCAAGGCAAAACCGUGAAUUCCUCCUUGUAUAUGAAUAUAUCCCGAAUGGAACACUUGCAGAUCACCUGCACGGCAAAAGAGCAGCAGAUCGACUGCUCACAUGGCCAAUCCGCAUGAAGAUUGCAGUGGAAACCGCUGCAGCAUUGGUUUAUCUCCACGCUUCAGACAUAAUACACCGCGAUGUGAAGACUAGUAACAUACUUCUCGACAACAAUUUCUGUGUCAAAGUUGCAGAUUUUGGGCUCUCAAGACUCUUCCCUCCUAAUGUCACUCAUUACACCACUACACCACAAGGAACACCUGGAUACGUUGAUCCAGAUUAUCACGAGUGUUAUCAGCUAACUUAUAAGAGUGAUGUUUAUAGCUUUGGGGUUGUUCUUAUUGAACUGUUAUCAUCAAUGCCUGCUCUGGACAUGCGUAGGCAUACAGACGAGAUCCAUUUGGCAAAACUAGCAAUGAGCAAGAUUCUUACAGGAGCAUUUGAUGAACUCAUUGAUUCCUCUCUGGGAUACGAGAAUGAUACCGAAAUCAAUAGAAUGGCAACUUCAGUGGCAGCACUAGCUUUUCAAUGCUUGCAACCUGACAAGGAUAUGAGGCCCACAAUGGAACAUGUUCUGGAGUCACUAAAGGAGAUUCAAGGCAAUGAGUUGAGCAACGAUGGUGAAAGAUGUAUAAAUGAAGCUACCACUUCUAUUCCCAGGGAGUAAUUAAAACCAGACUUCCUAUUUUGGUUUUGUUUCAUUCCAGUUUUUGGAGCAACUAUAGUGUUUAAUUUGUUGCACUGACCAAGUUGUCUAGGUCAAUAUUAGGCCAUAUUUCCUUUUAUGUAACGCUUCCAUGCUCAAAAGAUGUAAAAUAUAAAAACACUUCAAUCUUUCCUGUUAAAGUCUGAUAUAGAUAGUUCAUUUGGUAGGGCGAAUAGAUAAGGAUAUUGAAGUAAAGUCCUUGACUCCUUGUAAAAUUUGUAAGAAUAGAUGUGAACAGUGUGUUCACUGUUGCUGCC